GUACAAUCUAUUGUUUUCCGUUCAAAAGAAGUAUGAAGGGAACAAACCUGCCUCUUGCAGUCCUGCUGUUUACAACAUCUGUCCUACUUGCUAAAGUCAAGUCGUCUGCGAUCGGACAGAGGAGUAUCAUGGGCGUUGCCGAAUCAAACGUUCAUUCAUUGAUGGCGAACAGCAGGAAUCGCAGAUCUGACGAAAGUGAUUCAGGCAGCUCCUCGGAGUCAAACGAAAUCAGUGAGAGCGUCUCUUCUGAAGAGUCAAGCUCAACCAGUGAGAGCGUCUCUUCUGAAGAGCAAAGCAGGAAACGCAGAUCUGGAGAAAGUGAUUCAGGCAGCUCCUCGGAUUCAGCAGAAAGCAGGAUAUUUGGCUGAUUUGAGCAGCGUAAUCGGUAAUG